GUCGUGAUACAUAAACUGACUGUGCUGAGAAUUUGAUAGAGAUACAGAGUGGCUGACGGAAAGAAAGAUAGAAUUUCUUUCUUUCUUUUCAUCACUUACGGAAUUUGAAAGUUUGCGGAGGAAAGAAUGUGCUAAAUUUUUCCAAAACGGCCUGCGGCCGUUCGCCCAGAUGCGUUUCGCCGGUAUGCCGCGUCAAUACCGGAUACUACCACAACUCGACAUGUUCAUAUAUAUAUUGUACAUCACUCGAUAGAAGGCAGGUCCAUUAUCACACUCUGAUAUCACAUGCUGAUACUACAUCCGUGAUUACGAGCUGACUGAUACUAUCAGCCUGUACUCGACGACAAAUCGCUCGCGGCAUCAGACGGUUCUGACUCUUCGUUGCCCGAGGCUUCACUGUUCAAACCUUCUAUGGUACUCCGUUUGAUGAAGGCGUCACGGAGGAAUCCUCCGGGAGGAUCCUGUUAGCCUUGAGGUUCUCCCUGGCGAGCAACGCAGUGCUUUGCUCAGCAAAUGUUGCUGCUAUGAUAGCCGUGCUAUCACGUGAUCGUCGCUAUCCCAAUGUGACAUUGGCAAUGUCCUACCUUGAUACGAACUUUGCGGAGGACUUUACGAACUUUGUACGAGAAACUUUCUCAGAGAAAGGUCACCACCUCACACGCUUCGAGGCGAGCCUGAACUUUGGAUGCAACGUUCUCUUUCGCUUGAGAUGCGAUAGCCUGUGACUGAGAGGUCGACGGUCUUCCGACACCAGAGCGAGCACACGAUAUACAAUCAUGGAAGUACGGCCUGGCUAGAACAGCAGUGGCAUCCCAAAUAUAGCGUACUCGGCAAACCGACCCAAGAAGUAGUUUGUGAUGGCAGAUAUUGCCAGAAGCACAAAUGGGCUCCGACGGAGAACCGGAUCUGGGGCUGGAUCAGGGCUUGCUAACAUGUGCCGUUUCCGAGAAGCACGAUGGAAAGGCGAUGUAUCGUCGAGCAGAAUCAUCCGUGGUGGAAACUGUUGAGCGUCACCGGCCUUUUGGCUGCGGCUGCUCGCGCCUUCUUACCCCCAGUAUAGCCGAUUAUUCGCAGAGCUCAUGCGAUAAUCGCGGUGGAAAGAUUCAAACACAGAGAUGUUUCUGUCUUAUAGUAUCUCCAAGCUCAAGCAAUGUGUGCCUUGCCAUUCUUAAGCUUCUUCAUCGCUGGAUCACGAGGCCUCUUCCAUUCCACAUGUCCUUGGUAGAUGUCGGCACGCGAUUCCCGCAUAUGCUUCUCAAAUCGGGUGGAAUUAUCUUGACGAAGUUUGAAGUAGCACGGCUGCCCACCGCUAUCACAAUCGUAGUAGGCAUCUGGAGUCUUGAUCACAUAUUGCCACGAACUGAAACCACUUGCUGACUUUCUUCCCACAUUAUAUAAGAGUCUCAUCAAAGCUUGCGGAUAGACCU